AUGAGUACGACUACUCCCAUCGAUAUCGCCACUCGGCAGACCUCUGUCUCCCCUCCGGGACAGCAGGCGUCGAACUUGACCUCAGCUCUGCAGCGAGCGGGCAACACAGAACGUACAGGAAGCAUAUCUCAUGCCAAUGUCCCAAUCAGUAUGUUCAAGGCUUCCGCCCCUCGUAAGGACUCCAUAGGGGCAGCUACUGCGCAAUGGGGAAACGGUACGAAACCCAUCUCGAUGUCCGGCUCCAACCGGGAUAAACAGCGCCGGGAGUCGUUAGCUGGAAGCUUAGUCGGUGGAAUGAGUUGGGGUGGUGUUUCUGUUGGCAGUUGGAUUCGCGAUGACAUCAUUAUGGCCGGCACCUCUCCUUUCACUACUUUCCAAUCACCAUCAUUCCACUCGUCAUCUUAUCUGCCGAAACUCGAAGCAAAUUUCAUGCGCGACUUUUCUUGCUGCGGCGUGACUCUACCUACUCUCCAUGAUUUGCUACAACACUACGAAGAAGCGCAUGCAACAAAGUCUGGACAUCGCCCGAGUCAAGUCGACCCCCGUGCAGCUCUCGCUGCUGCGACGAUGUCACAACAAAGCCAACAGAACAACAACCAAACCCGAGGUCUACAGCCGGAUAGGACUAUCGACAUGCAACGAAAGAUGAACCAGACUCACACCCCUCAACAGCAUUCAGAUAUGGACACCAUUGACGACAUGGAAAUGGAUGAUGCUAUGGACGAUGUUGAUGCGUCUGCUCAAUUUUUCAACCCCCAAUCCAGAGAUGCGAACCAAGGAGGAUUUGGAACACCGAACCGUCAAGUCCCUAAUUUGAACUUGUCAAUGCUUCCAAGCCAUCAGGGCUUUAAAGGGUCUCAGCCUGGAACUCCCGUCGCAUCUGCUCGCCCUCUUUCCCUACAAAACAACCCCACCGUUUCCUCCGUCAAUACCCCUACUCUGAUGCCAAAUCCUCUUCAGAACUCACAGUUCCGCGGAACCCCGGACUCGUCAACACCAGGAACACCCGCAGAGCUCGACGACAGCAUGAUCGGCCCCUUUGGAGAAUUGUCAAUGCAAAACGCAAUGCUGCAGGGCCAGCAGCAAUUCGCGAGAUUCACCGGAAAUAAUGACAUGGUGGAUUUGUGUAUUGACGAGCCGGCAAAGCGACUCUUUAGCCCCACUGGCGGAAUUAACCAAUCCAAUGCCCACUUCAAGCUCAGUGGAGCGCAGUAUGGUCCAAAUAGCGACAUUGCUAGACGGAUACGCGAACAGCAAAUGCUCGCAGGCGUUCCUGAUACUACUUCUAUCCUUCCAAACGAGGAGCCGAAGCCGUACCGGUGCCCAGUUAUUGGUUGCGAAAAGGCGUACAAGAACCAGAAUGGUUUGAAAUAUCACAAAGCUCAUGGCCACAACAGCCAACAGUUGCACGACAACGCGGAUGGCACGUUUUCUAUUGUCAAUCCAGAGACAUCCGCUCCAUACCCCGGAACACUUGGCAUGGAGAAAGAAAAGCCAUACCGAUGCGAGGUUUGUGGGAAGCGUUACAAGAACCUCAACGGGCUCAAAUACCACAAAUCGCACUCCCCUCCAUGUAACCCCGAUUUUCAACUUGCUGCCGCACGCAGUCUCAACUAUGGCGGUGGCGUUAUGCAAGGACAAAACAUCAAUGUUGCCGGGGCAGGCUUACCUGGCAUUGGUGAAGAAGGUCUCCUGUAG